UGCGCAUGUCCUACAUACCAUCCACAACUGCAGUGACUACUACUCAGAUGGCACAGAUCUCGACAUCUCCACUCCUGCAGGAGCUAACUCCGGCUUCAGCGGUAUGCGCAGAAGCAACAAGCCAUACCACACCGUUGGGUAGAUUGCGGAAUGCUAUGAGAAACACGAGCUAUACACAAUCAAACAAUUUCUUUGAUGCGUUUCUUAUAUUUUACAGUGAUGAACAUUUGAGUGAAGAACCAUCAGCGGACGAGCGUCGUCUGGAGUACAUAACCGGUUGGGACGGACCCGGCACAGCAGCUGUGAUAGCUGAUGGUGGCGCUGCGCUGUGGGUGCCGUCAGCCUACUUGCGACGCGCCAGGAUGACGCUCUCGUGUGCCUGGCUGGUGCUCGAUGGAGACGAUCCUAGUCAGCCUACGAUUUCUGAAUGGAUCGCUGAACGGCCAGGGCGUAGCGGCCGCGUGGGUGCUGAUGCUCGCCUCACCUCCAUUGGUGAAUGGCAAAUGCUCCUGUCUAGCUUGCAGCGUGAAAACCUGCAGCUGAUUGCCCAGACAACGUUGCUUGACCAGCUGUGGAACGAAGAGACGGACCCUGAGAGAAAACGACCUGAGUUCACGAGGGUAGUCGCUAUGUCUCAUAAUCCAGAGUACGUAGGUAUGUCCUGGCAAGAAAAGGUAGCAGCUGUGCGCGCUGAACUCCGUCCGGCUGGUGCGGAUGCCAUGAUUGUAACUGCGUUGGAUGAGGUAGCCUGGCUCCUCAACAUUCGCGGCAAGGACUUGCCCUAUGCGCCGCUGUUGAAAGCAUUCGUUAUUGUCAGUAAUAAAGAUGUAAGGAUGUACGUGCCACCUGGGAAGCUGAUGAUGCCGGAACGGGAUUCGUUGGCGGCGUACAACUGCCAUCCCAAUGUUAAUAAUUGUACAAGAAUAAAUGACUACGGCAUGGUCUACUCAGACCUCCGCCGCGCGCCUGAUACCAAGAUCCUCAUACCAACCGGAGGCACCUUCCAACGAGGAGCUUCAGCGGCCAUCAUGCAAGCAAUACCGCAAUCCAAGAGAAUCUUCCAACCCUCGCCCAUCAUAUACUUGAAAGCUCAGAAGAACCCUGCCGAAAUACAAGGCAUGAAAAAGGCGCAUUUGCGGGACGCAGUUGCUAUGUGCACCGUGCUGAAUUAUCUUGAAAAGAAGGGAAAGUCGUUGCUAUAUGAGGCGAUAGUGGCCGAAAAAAUAGACGCGACCCGAGCGACACAAGCAGGAUUCAGGGGUUUGUCGAUGCGAACACGAGUUGCAUUUGGCCCGAAUUCAGCUGAGCCGGAGUAUACCGCCACGAAUGCUACUAACAGACGCAUAUUUACAAACUCUACACUUAUUAUACAGUCCGGUGGACAGUAUGAAGAGGGCACAACAGUAGUAACCCGCACGUUGCACUACGGAGUGCCAUCGACCCAAGAGCGGCGUGCGUACACCACAGUACUCCGCUCGCUCGCGGCGCUAUCCCUCCUGCAGGCGCCGGGCACGCUGCCCGCGGCCCACGCGGACCCCGCCGCGAGGGCCCCGCUGUGGGCUCACCGCCAGGACUACUUGCUGCCCACUGGACAUGGGGUCGGAGCUGCUCUUAAUCGACGAGAAGAUCCAGUAGUCAUCGAUUACCGCCAAGAUACUAAUUUACACCCGUUCCGAGAAGGAUAUUUUAUUACAAGUGAGCCCGCAUGGCACGAGUUUGGAAAAUUUGGUGUGAAGCUAAGCAACGUGCUUGAGGUCAUAUCCCGGCCAGCAGGGUUCCUAGGCUUCAGAGAGGCUACUCUUAUUCCAUAUGAACCUAAGCUUAUCGACCGAAAUCUACUCACUGAUUACGAGAUAAACUGGCUAAAUGCCUACAACAAAAGAAUUCGAGCCACCAUCGGACCAGAAUUAACAGCUCAAGGCCUCACAGAUGUCUACUACUGGGUCAUGAACAAAACUAUAGAGAUCGAAUUGCCUUCGAAAACCAAAAAAGCUGCCACUAGUUCCGCCAAAAAACAUUUUACUGCAAUCUUCAUGUUAUAUUUCGUGUAUUUAUAUGUUGCUGUUAUUCAAUAAACAUCUGUA